AUGAAACCAGACUGGUGGCCCGGCGAGGACCACGCGACAUUCACCGAGUGGGCGUUGUCCCAAGGCGUCGUCACCAAUGGGGUCACCCCAGCGCGGUUUUCAGGCCGCGGGCUAGGAAUGAUAACCACCCGGAACAUCACAAGCGGCGAGACCUUGUUGCGAGUACCGGUAAAUGUGAUGUUGACCGCGGACCACAUCCCUUCCUCGUUUAUCGAGAAGUUCCCCGAGGAUAUCGGGGUGCAGACUCUCUUCGCAGCAUUCUUGACUCAUGGAACCACAGAGUACCUGGCCGAAUAUGAGCCGUGGCGAAAAUGCUGGCCCAGUCGUCGGGAUUUCGAAGAUGGCAUGCCCAUUCUGUGGCCGGCUGCUCUGGGUGGACCGAAAUGGCCGGGGAAUGGCGAUGAUGAUGAUGCGCAACAGGACCAGGCUGGUGGACUCCCUAACUCCCUUCCUCCGUGCAUCUCGGGCUUGUGGAAUAGUUUCCAGAAAACCCCAACGAAGGAGUACGAAACCUACCAUCAGAACCUGCUUGCUCAGCAGGUGCAGAGACUGCGCAAAGCGUGGACGGACGUAGUCUCUGUCUUCCCGGACACAGAUUGGAACACGUUCUCGUACCACUGGCUGAUUGUUAACACAAGAAGCUUCUACUGGGUUGGACCUGAUCAGGAUACUCCAGAGGAUCGCAACGAUGCCAUGGCCCUGGUACCUUUUGCGGAUUACUUCAAUCAUUCUGACGUGGCGUGCGAUGUGGAAUUCGACGACGACGGAUACCUCUUCCGUGCCUCGAAAAACUACGAGCCAGGCGAAGAGGUGUUCAUGAGCUACGGCAGUCAUCCCAACGACUUUCUCUUUGCAGAAUAUGGAUUUUUCUUGGACGAAAAUGGGUCCGACACAGUCUAUUUGGACGAUAUCAUCUUCCGGGAUAUCAACCGUCCCCAGCUGCGAGAUGAGUUGUGGGAGAACCAAUAUUAUGGAAACUAUCAAGUCACCCUCCACGGGGCCUGCUACCGCACCGAAGUAGCUGCGUGCCUGAAAUACAUGAAUGAAGAGGACUGGCGAAACCACGUCCUCGAAGGCUCCUCUCAGGGGCUAGAUGAAAACAAGUCGGAAGCCACUAUCAAAGAUUGGAUUCAGAAUUAUGCCAUGGAGGCGGAGAUGGCCAUCGCAACGCUGCAGGCUGCAAUGGAAACCAACACGGUUGUACGGGAACAUCGUUCCAAGGCGGAGAUGCUCUUGAGACGGUGGCAACAGAUCAAAGAUCUUUGCGGACAUGCUGCUCAGGCGGUUUCUGUUUAA